AUGUAUAUCGAGCUCGAGACCGGGACUUACAAGCCAAGAAGGACGGUAUUGGUUCCAUUUCUGAGAGGAUCAAAUACGUUCACAAAAACAGCGACCAAGCUGCGGAGCCUUCCAGGCGUUGAAGAUGCCUAUAUGCGAGGAGAGCCUCUAACGCCUCCCGAGAUCGAGUUUUCCGAAUACAGUGACAUGGAAGAUGACUACUGGGCCUGGCAUCAGGAGGAUCAAGUUUUCAGACACUGGGAUGAGGACUUGGGUGAUUGGUCACUUUAG